AUGGCACUAACAGUCAUUCUGAUGGGCAAGCAAGCAAACUUUGCUUUGACCCAAAAUGAGAUCACAGAGGGAUCGAUAAAGUCAGCUUUCUUACUGGCUUCAGACACGGUUAUAAACCUUUCUUACGAAGUAAAUGGAUAUCGUACUUGGUGCACGUAAGUUAUCUUUUGAAUUAUUUAUACUUUAUUUUAAUGAAUUUAGAACAAGAAAGGUUCCGGAACCCACAUUUAUCCUGCCAGAAGAUUGGUCAGGGUUAACAUUUGACGUUAAUUCAGACAAAAUGCCAUCCCGCCCUGCAACACCGAUGGACGGGGCCUCGAAUGAACGGUCACACAGCCCCUACUACCCUGUCUGUAAGAGUUAUCUUAAAUUUCUAAUCUUUUUUUAGUUCCACCAGAUCCUGCUCCAUCAAAGAAGGCUUUCCUCAAGUGGAUUUUCUUCAUCUACGAUGAAAUGGGGAAAGCUGCUACAAUUUGCAUUCAUCCCCGAUUCUUCGUUACAUUUCGCCAUGGAACUCAUCUGCAGUUCAAACUUGGUGACUGUGUUAAAAUUUAUCAUGUGGAGCAGGAAAUGGACGAACAAGAUGGAACUGAAGUUACUGUUGUCAAUAUCAAUGAUGAUUUGGAUUUUGUGCUGCUUAAGAGCCAAUCUGAAGUGGUUGAGGUAAGAUCUUAAAAUAUUUUGUAUAUUUUGUUGCUAAUUUACCCAUUUUUAGCGCGGUCCUCCUAUCGUGCAGGCUCGAGAAUCAGAAUCCUUUACAUUGGCUGGGUUUGGGAAUGAUAUAGGCACCCUAUCGUUCUUGCCUGGGAUAAUUCAUUCGACGAAAGACUAUUACUUCGAUGGGGAUCGCUUUAAUAUGGGGCCUUUCAUUUUGGGGACGAGCCGAAGUUCAAGAGGGGAUUCAGGUAAGGUUUAUUACUUUUUGGUCAAUUAAAAGUUAAACUUUUAGGCGCUGGAAUCUGGGGUGCAAAUGGACUGAUAGGGAUGAACUCCGGUUGUACAACGAUGCCACUGCAGUUUCAUCAUUUGGCAAUUUCUGAGGCAGUCACAUUUUCUGCAAAGAACAUAAUCUCGCCUUCUGUUCGAUUCAAGGAAGCUUACACGGUAUGAUUUAUAUAAGAGCUGAUUUGUUUAACAAUUUGUUAUUUAGAAAGAGCUAAGAAAGGAACGCAAGGAGGGAAAACUCGAGUCGCCGCCUCAAAAGAAGCCGUAUUUGAUGGCUGAAUUUGAAGGACUGGGGACUGGUUAUUCUACAAAUUAGCUGAGGAAAUGGACGAACGGUGUGGUAAAUCCUAUAUUAUGGCGUAACCGUGUGCAUAUCGUUGGGGGUAAGUUAAUUUAUUACAAUUUUUGUUGCUUAGAUAGUAAUUUAGAGUUGAAUCGUUGGCUUAGGACCUGUUGAUCAAAUAUUGUAUUUUUAGGUAUUGCUACUAUUCAUGCUCUCUACUUAUCGUUCGGUCACUUCGCUGCUUUGGUCUGUAUCUUCAUCGGCUUCUUGUACCCAGCUUACGAGUCCAUCAGCGUAUAUCAACGUUUGAUUCGCCCAUUCCACCAGAAGCACCACUCCAACAUCGACUCUGCAUUGAAGAACCCGGCGACCAUGCCCGUGAAGCUUACAACGAGCACUUCAAGCCUCAGUAGAUUAAUUUUGUUGUCAUUUUCUAAUUUCUCUUUAUGA